GUAAGUCAUGCUUCAGACAAAGCAGUUGAGGGCCGGUGAAGGCUCCCAGCAGGUUAAUGAUUGCUGCAGCUUUGCUUAUCACUGCUGCAUUGUGUGUGAGAGUGACAGUCAUCUCAGUGUCCAGGCAUUUGAGUGGACAGCAAUGUCGAGGCAGCGUGUGUGUGUGUCGGACUUCGAGGAUGAAGCCAGAAAAGUUCUUCCUAAAGCUGUUUAUGACUACUACCGCUCAGGAGCUGAUGAGCAAAACACACUGGCUGACAAUGUUGCUGCUUUUAACAGGUGGUAUCUAGUCCCCCGGGUGUUGAGGAAUGUGUCCACAGUGGAUUUGUCUGUCUCUGUACUGGGCAAGCAACUCAGCAUGCCUCUUUGUGUUGCAGCCACAGCAAUGCAAAGAAUGGCUCAUUCUGAAGGAGAGACCGCCACAGCAAGGGCAUGCCAGGCAGUGGGAACAGGGAUGAUGCUGAGCUCCUGGGCCACCUCCACUAUAGAGGAGGUGAUGUCAGCAAUGACUGCCUCAGUGGGUGCUGGGGGUACCCUGUGGCUGCAGCUUUACAUCUAUAAAGACAGAGAGCUCACACUAUCAUUGGUCCGCCGGGCAGAGGAGGUGGGCUAUAAGGCUAUCUUUGUUACUGUGGAUACACCAUACCUGGGGAAGAGACGGGACGACAUGCGCAACCACUUCAAACUGCCCCAACAUCUAAGCAUGUCUAACUUCUCAACGGCCUCCCUGGCUUUCUCUGAGGGGAGCUAUGGCAAUAACAGUGGUUUGGCUGUUUAUGUAGCCAAAGCCAUUGACCCCACUCUAUGUUGGGACGACAUCACCUGGCUGAAAAAACACACGUGUCUACCUGUAAUCGUGAAAGGAGUACUGAAUGAUGAGGAUGCUGUCCAGGCUGUGAACUAUGGUGUUGAUGGCAUCAUGGUAUCCAAUCAUGGAGCUCGACAACUUGAUGGAGUACCUGCAACGCUUGAUGUGUUGGAAGAGAUAGUAAAGGCAGUACAGGGUCGCUGUGAUGUCUACAUGGAUGGAGGAAUAAGGCGAGGGACAGACAUCCUGAAGGCCCUAGCUCUGGGAGCAAAGGCUGUCUUCAUCGGCCGACCAGUACUGUGGGGCCUUGCCUGUCAGGGGGAGCAGGGUGUUACUGAGCUUCUGGACCUUCUAAAAGAGGAGCUGCGAUUGGCAAUGGCCCUGUCAGGUUGUCGUUCUGUAUCAGAGGUGAGCAGGUCCCUGGUCAGGAGACUGGAAUUCACCUCGAGGAUGUGAAAGAAGGACCUGUUGGAGGAAUCACAAAACGGAUGGAUCAUUGGACACAUUAAUUUUUUUCAAAAUGAUUUGCUAUUUUUGGCAGUAAGACGUGUUUGUGAAAAUAGUAUAUAAUCACAUCUAAUGUAAGGUUGAGUUGAAAUACUGGCCAAUGUCCUGUUGUCAGUGAAUUAAGUGGCACUGAUUUUACUCAAGAUGACUUUGCUAGUCAUGAUUAGUAUCACUCAGCAUGUGACAACAGAAAUAAUGAAGGACCUUUCAGAAUUGGAAUCACACAUAGAUUUAUUGCCAAGAAGGAUUUUACACCAACAAGGAAUUUGUCUUGGUGGGGAAGGUGCAUACAUUUAAGACAAUAAACAUUAAACAAAAGGAGACAUAAAGUUUGGGAUGGGAUAAAUAAAGAUACAUAAAGAUGGAAGAGCUGCGCAUUAAUGUACAAAAGUUAAAAGUUAUACAAAUGUACAAAUUCUGCAUUAUUGUGAGGCAAUGAUUUAAGGGCGGUGGUGGGUUUGAGUGCAAGAGAGCAAGAGUCAGUCAUAAGACAUGUGGCAGGAGGUUUUGUUCCUGAUGGACCUCAGCCUCCUGCCAGAGUGACAAAAAGUCUGUGACCGGGAUGGGAGUGGUUGGCCACAAUCCUGCCUGGAUGCCUCACAGCCCCGGAGCUGUGAGGUCCUGAAGGAAUGGAAGGUUGCAGCCAGUCACCUUCUCAUUAAAUUGAUUAAAUUACCAAACAAAACAAGACAAAACAACGUGCACCAACAGUGUGGCGCCAUUCAAGUUGCAUUGUGGGAAAUGUAGGAUUAGCAAUAAUUACAGAUUCUCAGUAACCAAGGAGGAUUGACUCUAGGGAAGGGAUCAGCAACCUUUGCUAUCAAAAGAGACAUUUUUGCACCCCUCACCAAAAAAAAUCUGUCUGGAGCUGCAAGAGGAGCAUUUAUUUUAUAUUUCCACAUGAUGUGGCAACUCUACAGGGAGCUAUUAUGCUUACAGUAUAAGGUACUUGAACUUUGCCUUUCCAUUUCAAUGAUGAUGUUUUGGUGCAUUUAUGAAAUAAAAGAACUAGCCCACAGUAAAUAGAGUAGCAAUACACAACUAUAGCUGCAGACCUACUUUAGUCCUCCCUGUGUUUGUGAAAAUGUACAAAAGUAGCCUUAUCCAAUAAUAAAUAAAACACAAAGCAGCAGGCUAGAUUUAACAACAGUAAAAGUGAAAAAAAAUUGCAAAACAAUUUUAGAAAAAACACAGGACAGUUUAAAUGUAAUUCUAGUCACUUUCAGUGUGAGUGAAUCCUUUUUUAUCUUUAGCCACACACAGUGAUCAACCCUCAGGCUUGAGCAUAAAACACAAUGAUUUUAACUCAGAAUCUAUUUUUUUUUAGUGGGCGGUUUUUGUCAGUAAGGGGCGGGCCUGGGGGGCAUGCCAAUCGCCAGUGUAUCCCCAAAUAUACUUGGUUGAGCGUAUUCACCAAUCGGACAGCAGGGUACAGCAACACCACUAGGACAAUCGGGACAAACCACACAAUGACGUAUUGUGAUUUGGUGUCUUGACUUGAAUAUUUGCAAAAUGUCACACAGAGCAAAGAACUUCAGUAUGUUUGUCUGA